CACUUCCGGGUUGAAAAAAAAAAAAAAAAAUCACCUGUUUCGCAAAUUCACUCGGCAAGAAGGAAAUGUGCUUGAUAAGUUUUUCACUCGAAACUUUAACUGUCAUUUAUUUUUCAACUGGAAACUUCAAACUAAACAUUAUUCCUGAGGGAAUUUAGACCGAACAUAUUUGCCGUCUAUCGUGUUAAGUCCAGGAAGACGAGAGUGCAAAUCGUGGUGGAACAACUUGUACUCUGCAAGUUAUGGAGCUCGUCCAAAAUGUUAUCAACCAGAGCCAAGGAAGGGACCGUAUUUUCAGAACCACACAAUAUGUGUGUGCCCUUGCUGUGUAUGCGCUCCGAAACAACUCCCAGCGAAAGGAGCUGGUUGUCAAACUCAAGAGUCUGGAGGCAAACAUGAGUGCUGGACGAAAGUUGUUCAGGCUGGGGAAUGCAAUAAAUGCCAUUGAGGCUGCCAAGCGAACCAUGCGACUGUCUGACCGAGUGCUUUGCCUUUGCCUUACUGCUGCCAACAUCAACCGUGCUCUCUACUUUAUCUGCGACAACACGCUUUGGGCCGGGAACGUGGGCCUUCUGCGUAAUAUCGAUAAAGAGCGUUGGAGCGUUAGCGCCUCGCGAUGCUACCUCCUCUCGCUCGUUGCAAGCCUGACCCGAGAUGUUUACGUCAUCUCCCAGUUGAUGGUGCAGAGGGCAAGGGAUAAGCACUUUAGGCAGAAAAUGAAUUCACAUCUCAACGACAAUCCUGAAAUCGCAGAAGUCAUAAUCCCUCAUUUGGAUGCUUUUAUAUUUCUGCUGUUGCAGGUCUUCAAAUCCCACCCCGCUGUUGUUAUAGAUACCAUCAAAAACAUUUGUGAUCUGUCCAUCCCCUUGGACAAGUUGGGGAUCUAUCAGUCUAAUGCAGGUGUGGUUGCAUUUUGUGGACUGGUAUCCUCACUUAUUGGGAUUGUAACCCUCAUACAGCCUAAAUUGAGGAUAAAACCGUAACAUGCUUUUCCGAAAAGGUUGGCAUAGAGCGAUCAUGUUUCAGUGCUGCUGACGGCGAGAGACAUCCAAACCAUUUUGACUGGUGGCCUGGCAGCAAUCGAAUGCCCUCCCAGUCAAAAUGGAUUUGAUGUCUCUCGCCGUCAGUUGCAGCAAAUAAGCUAAACAAUACAAACUUUAAGCACUUGAGUCAACAAAACCACUUAGACUAACUGAAUAGGAAGUUGGGGUGCACCAAUCAUAAUUUUCUGACUGUUCACCAAUUUUUGAAAAGCCUGAUUUGUCGUUCUUGAUUUUUGCUGAUCCCUAUUUUUUCCCCCAAUGCACCUUCACCUUUUUUUCCCUUUUCCAAAACAUUGAACAUUACCUGUGAAUCAUUUUUUCCCCAAACACAUUGGCAGUAGUCCUCUAAAAAGAAUUUAUUGGAAAGUUGAAAUACUCCAAACUCCAAAAUCAUAUCUUUCUUUUUAAAAAAAAAUAAAAUGCAACAGUAUUCUGCUUUCCCAUAAGAGAAUUACAAGGUUUAAAAAACGAGAAUUGCAAGGUUUAAGAAAAUUGUUAAAUUAAUAUUCUGGAGAACAGAACUACUAAAUUGUAUUAGGUCUCUAAAUCUCAAAGAUUUUUGGGGGGCAUUUUAAAGGGGAAGUUCAAAAUUUUUGACAUUAUGCUUAAUCUUUAAGUUAGUGGGGGUUUAAUUAGUUGGGGUUGAUUUCAACAAAUUCUUUACAGUAGUUUUUUAUUAGGUUCAAGGCUACUGAGUGGAUAAGCUAGCGCGAGUCAAUGGCCCCGUCCUAGCAUGCCAAUAAUAAACAACAUAUGCACGCAUGAAAAUCACAUAGACCCUUGCAAUCAAUAGUGUUGGGUAUAUUUUCAGGAUGAAGUACUUAAAACUUGCUAUUGCAUGUCAAUAACUGUAGUAUGAACAGCAACAUUUGUAAUCCAGCAGCUCUGUAGGUAACAGGCUCAAGAGCGAAGUGAUAUUUUUUUUUUUUUCCACAGGUGUGUUCGUCAGAGCCAGCAACAAGUAUCCACAGUUUGUAUUGUUCCUCGUUCUUCAUAGGGAAUUUGUGAAAACUUUCAUUUGCCCGUUUCUUCUGUUUCCACAGCCUCUAAAUGCACGUUUCACUAUGUUGCCGUUCUUCAGUCAAGACUCCAUUGUAGAGGAGUUCCAAAAAAUCGAUUAUUACAUGCAUCGCGUUUCGACACGUGACGAUUCGGAUUUUUAAAGGUUCAAAAACGAUGUUUUUCCCUCAUAACUUUAUGGCAGCCGCUCGUAGCAGAACAAUUCAAGCACGUCUGCCGCCAGGCACAGUUAACGGGCGCGCGCACGUUAUGAUGGAUGCUGCUGGUUACUGAGAGAUUUACACCUUUUUAAAAGACUGGAAAAUAAACGUGUGUAUGAGAGAGGCAGGAACUGAAGCGCAACCCGGUGGUCGCGCUUUUGUGCGCAAGUUAUUUUUUUUAGAGCAAGAGGGGAAGAGAGAGUUUGUUGCUCCUUGUCAUUUAGAUGUCCUGCAGUAGUUUUAAGGCAUUUCGAUUGAAAAAUGUCCUGAAUGUGUUGCUAAGACCCGUGUGCAUCUAAAGAGGUGAGUACACGAACACUCUUGUACUGUUUAGCCUUUAUUGUUGUUGUUUUUGAGAUGUUAAUAGUUAGCGCUGAGCGCUAAGCUAAUUCGCUAACGUGUAUUUCAUAUACAGAACGUGUAAAACCACGAUUAAGUACAGCGGUAACACUACAAACAUGCGAAAUAGUACAGAAUUCUGUGAAAACAAAGUAUAUUGGUUAAAAGAAGUCUUAUUUCUAAAGACGCUUUGUGUCCAGAAAAUGUGGAAUUAAUUCCACCUGUGUGAAUUUUAUUGUAUUGUUGAGAGAAAUAAGUACUCCCUUUAAAAUGGUUAAUCUUUUUGCACUUUGUAAAACAUAAAUAAAUAAAAAAGCAUCUUAAGAGCAGCAUUUUGUUGUAUUGGCUUGUUUCCAUCGUUCCUGUUGAAUCAUUUGGAUAUUUUAAAUAAAUAAUGGACAUGAAUUUGUUAUGCUACUGUAUUAGGUAUGGUACGAUGCAUCAAUAAUCGUGAUAAUCGCUAUAACCGCGAUCAUCGUCAAUACCGCGAUCAUCGUUUAAUAAUCGUAUCGUAGCACCCUGAAUCGUAAUUAAAUUGAAUCGUGGGGUGCAUAAGAUGGCACACCCCUACUCCGUAGACUGAUGCUGCAUUCAAGGAAGGUGGGAAGUUUCGUUUUCCAACCUCGGACCAGGGGGGAAAAAAAAUAAUUUGAACGCCACUCGAACUGGGAGGCCCUUGCUGAAGUGAGAAAAAAAGGACCGACUUCACGAAUUGCUUCAAUGAGAUGUCACUCGAGAAAAUGCGCUGCCCAUCGAAAAAGCAGACAGUCAAUAGUAAAACAAAAGAAGGCAGUUUACAGUGUGGUCUAUUUACCUUAGCUGUCAUUUUUCCUUCACUAUUUGAUCACUUACAAGAAGGCUGGUCUGCGGGAGGUCAACAUAUCUUUUGAUGGCCAAAAUAAAGAACGCUUGGAACUGUUUGAUGUCGCAACUGGUACCAUCCGAGUGGGAUAAGUCCGACUUCCCACAUUCAUCGAAUGCAGCAUGAGCACGAGUGGCCUAAGCGAUCCUCUGGAUUGUGGUCGGAUUAAGCAUCUAAAAACAAAUAGUACCACAGAAAUAAAUGACUUACAGCGGUUUUAUGUUACAUUGUUUUAGCCACAUGGGUAUUUUGCACAACGAUCUGCAUUUUGAAUUUAUUUGUCUAUGUUAUCUCUGCUAAUAUCGUUUAUUGGCAUGCAAGGAUGGGACCAUUAACUCUCUUUGCCACUCCGGAGUCCUGAAAUUAAUAAAUAACUAACAAACUGCACUGAAUUUGUUGAAAUCAACGCCACUGACUAAUUAACCACCGCUAACUCGAAGAUGAAGCCUAAUAUAAAAAAAAAAUCUGAACUUCCGCUUUAAGACUUUUUAAUGUUGGAACGGUUUAAAUGUGAGCCAAAUGUAAGCAUUCACUAAACAUGCAUUAUCUGACUGAAUUUUCUCCCAAAGAAAAGACAAGGUAAAGAGGCCAUCUAGUGGCUACAAAACAAUUACCACACAGUGCUUUUAUGAAACACCAAUAAAAAUACAACUCCUUCUGACAUUAACAGCAAAGAGCGGCUAGGAUCGACUGAUUCCUAGAAAUUCAUGAAAGGUGCACCUUUUAACAUAGCUGAAGUUGGUCAACUUGCUGCCAUUGCCGGUCAUAGGCGUGAUUUAAUUGACUCUAAACCAUUUAACACUUAAUGUGAAAUAAAUAAGGUCACACCUAUGCAAACCUAAGCAGUAUUUCUUCUCAAUCAUACAGAAAUUUUUGUCAAAUGUGCCUUGAAACGUUAGUAUUGAGGCUCUGACCUCACACUAUAUGUAAGUGCAGAAAUGCAAUGGGUACAAUACACACAUACACACACAAGCCUCCACAUAUGUAACACUGUCCACACGCUCCAUUGAAAAUAGCUUUAUUUUCAAUUUUUAAUGAGACAACAAUACAUUUGUAUGCCUGAAAGCUUUUUUCUCAUGAGUGUGGCGUCUGCGUAACGCAUCUUCCAUCAGAAUUGCAAAAAUAUAUUCCAUUUCCCUUUCACCAUACUUGCCGGUUUUAUUGUAGAAAGAAAACAAAUGAGUAUGCAAAGAGGAAUACCGCAAAAGAACAACAAAAUUAGGCAAUAAAUAAUAAACAUUUGUUCUCCUGGGUAGAUCAUUUGCUGGGUUUAGUAGACAAAAUAUUUUCACAUUUCAGUGUCAUUGUUGUUCCAGUACCAACAAAGCUGUAACCAUCAUGGAGAAAACUUAUUUUGGCAGAAUUAACCACAUUAAGGGCUAUUUCAGGAGGGAGAAAAACAUGAAUAUUCAUGUAUGCAAAUAACAUUUUUUGAAACACUGGAAGGCUUUUCUGUCUAACCCAAGUGCUCUUAUUGCAUUUGACAACAUCAUGUUUAUAGUGGCAACAGUGUGAAACUACAGACAGGUUAAGUAAACUAAGUUCUUGAAUUUCCUUGUUAAUGUGAAGGCACCUUCUGUAUUGUGCUGCUUAAGAGUAAUUAAAAAAAAAAAUCUUUUAUUCCUUCAUUAAGUCCCUCAACCAAAAUGGUACAAUCUUAUUCUCAUGAUUACUGGGUAAUCUUGAUCUUUAAUUAAAAUGUAUUGAACUAUACUUGAUGGACAUUCCUCAUUCGGUUGAUGGAAAAACCUCGACUCAAUGUAUUCGACACAGAUGAUUUAAUGUUUGUUAUAUGACAAAAUUUGUGAGUACAAUUCUACUUUGAAUGACAUUUAUUUUUGAGGUAUGAAAUAUGAAUACAAUGUUUUGUGUUGAUAAUGCUGUCUUCACGAUUAUAAAUGAACUAUGGUCAUUUGAAUUCCAGCACAGCCUAUGUAAGGUGUAUUCAUAGAGCAUACAGAAUUUCCCAAUUUGUUAAAAGUAUGUUAUCAUCAGGUUGAAAUAUCAGUGCUAAGAAAUAUUUCCUUUUCAUAUAUGCCAAGACAUGAGUCGAACAUCCCAAAAUCUUAACCUAGUAAACAAAGAUGGGACAAACUCUUUGAUAUGAUGCAUGUCGAUAUGCCAGGAUCACGAUACGAUGCGUCACGAUACGAUAUCAAAAAUUUACAAGCACUCAUAUUUUCUGGAAAAAAAAAAGCCAAAGAUUUCUCAACACUGUUGGCUCUUGAGCUUCAGGACCACUUGAUAGCGACAUACUGAACCAAUUGGCUGCAAAGCCUUAUUGCGUCAGGAAGCUUCAUUUGGCUAUCACUGCUAGCAUUGAGAGAGACAGACAACCUCUGCUGCCACCCGCUUGCAAUCAACAUUUUUGUCAUCCCAAAGUACUGCAACUCAUGCAUCUCUCCCAGCAUGCAAUGUGGUGCUGAGGCUAUAAAUAACUUCCAAAGGUUCAUGUUCUGUGCUAAUUUCCUUCAGUUAGUGUUCCAGUUGUUCCAUUAAUUACUAGUUAUACUGUGUAGGGUUUGUUGUCAUGUGAUUAUUUUAAUUUUGGUUUGAAACUAAUUGAAUCGCCUGCUCGUACUAAUGAAUCGUGAAGUGGGUGUAAGCUUGUUCUACUGUCUACUCAUUAUAAGCAGUUGGUAACCCUUUCUGCACUCCGACUAUGUUGCCUCAAUCAUGUGGCAGGGUAUCUAGUCUAUAUAAACACAAUGAGUAUUGUGACGUUUCGUAUCGCGACAUAUCAUCAAAUGAUAUUUUGUCCCAAAUCUCCUAGUAAGAGUCUUUCUUUUUAAACACCAGGUGUUUGUGAAAUGGAACAAAAUGAAUCAUUUUCAAACCUUUCUUACCAUUUGGGUGACCGCUAACCUAAAAUUGAACUGGUGUGUAAAAUGUUUAUAUCCACUGUAUUCUGUAGAUCUGACCAGUUGAAAGAGAAUGUUAGUGUGAAAAAAUUUCUUUGAGGUAACUUACAUUUAUGCAGAUUAAAAAAAAAAAAAUAAAUUAUAGGAUGGCUAGUAAAAUCUUUGUAGUUAAAGAACAAUUCUGUCAUAGUUGAAAACGACAUCUUGAGAAAUAAGAACAGCACUGGUAAGAAAAUGUCCCUAACUAUCCAGUUUGUAGGUAACCUUGAAACUUGGUUUCCAAUUCAAUAACACGAGAAUAGCGCACUUAAAACCUGUUCGGUGAUGCCAUAAACAUAAAUGUAUAACAUGUGCGUUAAGGCAACCAGUAUUUUCUCUUUCCCUCUCUGAUGCAAUCAUUACAAUGAAUGUAAUUUUGACAAAGAGGUCUAGAAAGCACAACAAUCUGAUUCCAGCCUGUUUAAUGUCAAGGUCAACCCAUUGAACUUUGGGCCAACAUUAUCUCUACCGUUCCAAUUUUAGUGUUAUAAGGCGUCAUUUAGACUGUGUGCCAAAUAUGGCGAGCAAAACACAACACUUCUCAUGAAUACAGAAAUGGCAAGCAAAUGGCUGUGUUUACCCAGAUAAAUUUCCUUUGUAGUACACAGCAUGAGAUGUAUCAUUGAGCAACUGUGCCGGUAAACAACCCAGUUGAAAGCAGGAGACGAUAAGCGAUAGGUGAUGUGUGAGUGACAUACAAAACAAAAAGGCAAUUCAUGGUAGGCGACAUAAUGUGGACAUGGGCGACACUAAGCUUGAUAGUAGACUAAAGACAAAUUUUGUUUACUUCUAGCAGAAAUUCAUAUAAUGAUAUUCCCGAUAACAUACUUGCAAACUCAUUUAUAAACAGUGGUGCCUUGAAUGCGAGUAUUUUGUUCCGUGACAUGCUUUACCUCAACCAGAGUACAAUAGAAUGAAAAAGUGUUUUUGUUCAUCCAAGGAUAGGAUAAAUGUAAGAUGAAUGAAUGAAUUGGUUAAAUUGUUGAGCUGCUGCCUGCUUUUGACACCAUAGUAGAGAUGGCAAAACUAUAUACAUGGACAUCUACAUGGUAUAGAUGUCUCUGCUCCUCAUAGAGGAUGAAGUAAGUCUGAGAUGUUGAAAAGUAUAAUAAAUGUCUAAAAGUGUUGCUGAGCCGUUUGUGUUAAAACCAUCAGUUGCUUAAAGGGUUAUACUGUACAUUAUAUGCAUUGCCAGUUAUCCAUCCAUCCAUUAUCGUCUGCUUGCGCUGGGGUCGCAGGGGGAGCAGCUUUAACAGGGAAGCCCAGAAUUCGCUCUCCGCAGCCACUUCAACCAGCUCCUCCGGCGGGAUCCGAAGGGGUUACCCAGGCCAGCCGAGAGACAUAGUCUCUCCAGCGUGUCCUGGGUCAUCUCCGGGGCCUCCCACCAGUGGGACAUGCCCAGAACACCUCUCCAGGGAGGCGUCCAGGAGGCAUCCGAACCAGAUGCCCGAGCCACCUCAGCUGGCUCCUCUCAAUGCGGAGGAGUAGCGGCUUGACGCCGAGUCCCUCCCGGGUGACCGAGCUUCUCACCCUAUCUCUAGGGGAGAGCCUGGACACCCUGCGGAGGAAACUCAUUUCGGCCGCUUGUAUCCGGGAUCUUGUUCUUUCGGUCACGACCCAUCGCUCAUGACCAUAGGUGAGGGUAGGAACAUAGAUCGACUGGUAAAUCGAGAGCUUUGUCUUCAGCUCAGCUGCUUCUUCACCACUACGGACAGGUGCAGAGUCCACAUUACUGCUGACGCUGCACCGAUCCGCCUGUCGAUCUCCCGGUCCUUCCUAUCCUCGCUUGUGAACAAGACCCAAAAUACUUGAACUCCUCCACUUGGGGCAGGAUGGGGAUGGCGUGGCUCAGUGGUAAAGUAGUUGUCCCCCAACCCAGAGCCUGAUGAACUCGCCUAAGUAUCCUUGAGCAAGAUACUGAACCCCACAUUGCUCCAGGCGCUGCGUCACCAGUAGAUAGAUGGCAAUUAAGUGUAAAGCGCUUUGAGCACCUUGAAAGGUGGAAAAAGCGCUAUACAAGUAUAACACCAUUUACCAUCUCAUCCCCGACCCGGAGAGGGCACUCCACCCUUUUCAUACUGAUGACCAUGGUCUCUGAUUUGGAUGUGCGGAUCUUCAUCCCAACAGCUUCAUACUGAACUGUGAACUGCCCCAGUGAGAGUUGGAGGCUUGAUUAAGCCAACAGCACCACAUCCUCUGCAAAAAGCAGAGGUCACCAAACCGGACCCCCUCAACGCUUCUGCUGCACCCAGAAAUUCUGUCCAUAAAAAUUAUGAACAGAAUUGGUGACUAAGGGCAGCCUUGGCGGAGUCCAACCCUCACUGGGAACGACUUACUGCUGGCAAUGCAGACCAAACUCUACACCGGUCGUACAGGGACUGAACAGCCCUUAGCAAGGGGUUUGGUGCCAGUACUCCCGGAGCACUCCCCGAGGCACACGGUCGAACGCCUUCUCCAGAUCCACAAAACACAUGUAGACUGGUUGUGUGAACUCCCAUGCACCCUCGAAGACCCUGCCGAGGGUGUAGAGCUGGUGCAUUGCCAUGUAUGUGUUAGCUUUAGCAUUAAGCUAGCGAGUUAAUGUUCAGCUUCUUUAUUUGGGCACAAAUUUGGCAUUGUCAAUGACAAGGCAAUGGGAUAUACAUCAUGAAGAAAAAAAACCUUAAGGUUGUUAUUGGGGUCAUUUCCAGAGUAUAGUUCUGUUUUUAUUCAUUUUAUUUAAAAUAAUGAUUAAUAUUUUAAAAAAAAAAUCAAAGUG